AGAGCAGUUACUGUCACAGGCUGGGUGCGACCGGGAGAGGAGUUCCUUGCUCGACCUGGGAGGGGGGGGUGGAUUAAUUGCUGGCUCGCUUUUCUGUUCCUGGGGGAUUUGAUUUGCGAGGACGGCGUAAGGUAACGAAGAAACGAAACGAAAUCAAUGAAGGAGAGAAGACCCGGCCAGAAGCUCUCCAGUAAAUCCGGGAUGGAUCCCAACCAGAGUGUGAAGUGUAAAAUAGUGGUGGUGGGGGACAGUCAGUGUGGGAAAACGGCACUGCUCCAUGUGUUCGCCAAGGACUGCUUUCCCGAGAACUACGUCCCGACAGUGUUUGAGAAUUACACGGCCAGUUUCGAAAUCGACACGCAGAGGAUUGAACUCAGUCUCUGGGACACUUCAGGAUCGCCUUACUAUGACAAUGUGCGACCCCUUUCCUACCCCGACUCGGAUGCAGUUCUCAUCUGCUUUGACAUCAGCAGGCCAGAAACCCUGGACAGUGUAUUAAAGAAAUGGAAAGGUGAGAUCCAGGAGUUUUGUCCCAAUACAAAAAUGUUGCUGGUUGGCUGCAAGUCUGAUCUCCGUACGGACCUCAGCACGUUGGUGGAGCUGUCCAAUCACAGACAGACCCCUGUGUCCUAUGAUCAGGGGUCAAACAUGGCCAAGCAGAUGGGGGCGCCGUACAUCGAGUGCUCGGCGGUGCAGUCGGAGAACAGCGUGAGGGACAUCUUCCACGUGGCCACGCUGGCCUGCGUCAACAAGAGCAGCAAGAACGUCAAGCGCCACAAGUCGGCCCGGGCGCCCAAGAGGAUCUCGCACAUGCCCAGCCGGCCAGACCUGGCGGCCGUGGCGUCCGACCUGCGCAAGGACAAGGCCAAGAGCUGCACGGUGAUGUGAGGCCCCCCCCGGCGAGCGCCCCCCCUCCUGCAGGGGAGCUGAGGGCUCUGCGUGCACUUUAAAGGCUCCGCAGCCCGGAGAGAGCUGGAAUAGGAGGUGCCAGUGAAGGAGGAGCAGCGCCGCCAGUCUCGGCUCGGAUGGGCGCAAACGCCUGGCGUAGAUCUGACUCUUCUCGUUUCCACACCCGGGAGGAAGUUCCGAGCCUGGCCUUCGCUUGACAUCCGGUGUCCCAUGAAUUCGUUUCCUGCUGCAGGAGGAGACGAUUUCGUUUGGUUCUGGCCCCUGGAAGUGACAUUGCAGCCUUUCCAGCCUUCGGCAGGAAACCGUCAAGGCUGCCCAUCUCUUUGGGGGGGGGGUGUGGUAGCAGAGGAACUGCGUUGUGAGGCGCUUCCUGAAGCAAAUGUGAAAACCGCUGUCUGAGAUUCCUGUUGGAAACCACGCUCCUCAGGUCCGAGUGCUGCUGUGCUCUUCGACUGAAAGCUGUUCUUGCACUGGCCCCUGCGCCUUGUGUCAAAAGACAAAGGGGCAGCAG